CAAUUUGUGUGGGGAGAAACAGGGAUGAUUUUAGUAGAAGAGAAAAGCGUAAUUGUAUAUUUAAAAAACAAAUAAGAGAAACGAGAAAAAAAGAUUUGUGGGGAGAAAACCUGUCCAAAAAAAAAAAUCGUGUAAAAAAUAAUAAAAUAAAAACUCAUGAAAGAAUUUCAAUUGAGGUUGUCUGUUAUUCGAGAGUGGCAUUGUGGUCAGUUGCAGUGGGAAUUAAGAGGUGACUGGAAGUGCAGAAUGGAGUCUUCGUGGCAGGAUCAAUGUUUCACACUCAAGGAGCGCUUCAGGAAGAUCAUGGAGACGGACUUCAUGUCUGACAUGAACUUUGUGAUUGGCAGGGAUAAGAUCAAAAUUCCGGCUCAUCGUCUUAUUGUCUCCUGUGCGAGCUACGAAUUAGCCAAAAUAGUCGAAAAGCUAACUCCAGAAGCCAAUGAUGUCCCUAUCUCUGGGACAACUCCUGCCAUUUUCCACAUCUUCCUGGAGUACAUAUACACUGGCGACAUCGUCAUUGGCCCAGAUGAUGAAGUGAAUAUGAUCUACGUGUGGCAAUUGGCGAAGCGUUUCGCAGUCAAGGAUUUGGAGCUUGAAUGCCUACAUUUUCUGCGAAACGUUCUCGCUUCUGACCAAUCUGAAACUGCCCUGAAGAAUCGCACAACUAUUCAUUUGUGUCUCAAAGCGCAAUCCUUAGACCUGGAUGGAGUCAAUGGAAUGCCCCUGAAAAAUGUUCUUGACCGUGUUCUUCCCCAAUGGGCAAAAGAUUACUCUGACUCAAUUGUGACGCGCUUCUGGAGAACAAUAAGUGGUCAAAAAAGUACUUGGAACUGGAGUCACUAAAUGUGGGUAAUAUUUUCGUCCGAUUUAUAUGAAAAAUAUUACUCAUUAAAAAGUAAUCGAAAGUACUCAAAAUGAACGUCCUUUGCCUUACUGUUAUUUAACGCGUUAGAAUGUCGUCAACACAGAAACUUUAAUACGAGUAAUGUGACUCCGACUAUGUCGGUGUAACACAACGGUUAUUUUGAGUAAUUUUAGUGUACAAACAGUGAAAUUGACAUUUCGUGGCAAAACACAAAGAAAAUCUUCUGAAAAUGAGUAAAAGACCGUUCAAAUACUCUUCAACAUAUUAUAGAAAAUUAAAGAAACUUUCUGAAAAUCACACUGAGAUUUCUGGAUGCAGCUCGAAAGAGGAAAUUUGCGCAAUAUCUUCUUCAAUUAGUCGAAGCAAUAGAGGUCCGUACUAAUUAUAUUCUUGAGAAAGAAUUUCACUGCUACUUCAACCCAUUUCAGACCACUGUAGUUCCUCAGAAGUGAAUCAGAUUGAUGAAGUUCGUAGAGUAUCAUCGGAAGACGAGGAAUCCUGUUUUAAAAAGGGACUAACUGAUUGGGCAAUUGAGCACAAUGAGACUCGUGCUUCAGUCGAUCAUCUUUUAAAUUUGUUGAGGACUCAUAAAUGCUUGGAGUAUCUUCCGAAAAAUAGUAGAACUCUGCUGAAAUCUCCACAACACGUAAACAUCACUUCUAUGGGAUCUGAUGGUGAAUUUUGGUACAAUGGACUGGCGAUAAACUUGAAGAAGCAAUUCUGUGACAUAAGGGAAGACACACAGAUUUCCCUCAAAAUUCACGUGGACGGUGUACAAAUAUACCGUAGCUCCAAAGUAGAUUUUUGGCCAAUAUUGUACAUGAUUGAAGAGAAGCCAGAAUUUUCACCGGAAGUUGUUGCUAUUUAUUGUGGAGAUAAAAAGCCAGACAACUGUUCUGUAUUCCUCAAGCAAUUUGUUGAUGAGCUGGAAGAACUUAUGGCCAAUGGAUUAGUAGUUAACAACCACACACUUUCCAUCAAAAUAAAAUGUGUCAUCUGCGAUUCACCUGCAAGAGCAUUUAUUAAAGGGACGGUUUAUUUCAAUCAUUCGCAUGGUUGUGGUAAAUGUGAGAUUGAGGGUACUUAUUACAAACAAGAGAGACAUAUGUCUUUUGUCAGAUCGAAUGCCCGAAAGAGAACAGAUGAAAGUUUUCGUGGAAGAAGAGAUGAGUUCCAUCACAGGGAAAUAUCAGAAUUUGAACGCCUCAAAAUUGAUAUGGUGCGUGAUUUCCCUAUAGCUGAUUCACUUCAUCUAAUUGAUUUAGGUGUAAUGAAGAAAAUGUUGCUUACCUGGGUUGUAACGAAUAAGAAUUACAACACAAAAUUUUGCUGCAGAGACAUUCAAGCAAUGUCUUCCUUUUUAAAGGAAGUCAAUUCUACGAUGCCAUCAGAAAUUCAUAGACGCGCUAGGCCUCUCUCACAUCUCAAAAAUUGGAAAGGAACAGAGUUCCGUACAUUUAUUCUAUAUUUGGGUCCAGUGAUUUUAAGAAACCUUUUGCCAGACGAUGCAUAUUUCAACUUUAUGUUGCUUUUUUGUGCAGUAACCAUCUGUUCAUCAGAUUAUUACAAAAAUUUGCUUAAUGUUGCUGAAGUUCUAUUCGCCGAAUUCAUUGAGACUUACAUAAAUGUCUAUGGAAUAGAUGCAAUUGGGAGCAACUUACAUGGCCUCAUUCAUCUUGUAGAUGAUGUGAGACAUCACGGCUCUUUGGAUAAAAUAUCAUCCUAUCCUUUCGAGAGCUACCUCCAUCAAAUUACUCAAAUGGUAAGGGGUGGACACAAACCACUCACACAAGCAGCAAAGAGAAUUAUUGAAAAAUCUCGUCGACAAAAUGAAAGCGUACCAGAAAUCACCUAUCCAAUUUUGAAAGGAAAAAUAUCACAGGAUCACGAUCUUCCAGAUUGUAGUGGAUCAUUCAAUUGCGUCCUGAUUACUCAUGAUUUGUUUUUGAAAAACGAUUUAAAAAACAAAUGGUUUUUAACUAAGGGCAACAAAAUUGUUCAAAUGAUUAAUGCAACUAAGCUCAAUGGUGAGAUAAAUAUUUAUGUCACAGAGAUUAGAAAAUGUGGGGAUUACUUUGAAAAACCAAUAAGAUCAUCUCAUUUAAAUAUUUAUUCCACUAAAUUUGUUACUGGUGAAAGACAAAGUUUGUACAGAAUCCAGGAUUUGAAAUGCAAACUUUUUUCAAUUUAUAGUUCAAACGAAAUAAUUUUUUUUCCAUUACUUCAUACUCUUACUGAUUAGCUUUAAUAUCCCGAGCAAAAAUAAAAUCUUAUAACUUCACA